GCCUCGAGCCCUGGAAAUGGUACCCGCCUAAGAAAGAGAUGGGCCGCUUGCACACACUCCAUCCAGCAGACAUGGAGCUGCCAGAAACAGGGUCUGAUUGUCCCCGCGGGGAAAGUUCCAACUGGCUCUUUGCCUUUGCAGACGUUACAUGGCGAGGAUACAAGGCUUCUGGCUGCUGACGAGGGCGCGGUGGACGAGUGCGCCACUGACGAGGACUGUCGAAUCCAUCGUUCAACCUGGUAAUCGUCCUGUGCCCGGUCAUUGCAGUUCAUCCACUGGUCCCCUCCGGUCAAUGCAGUCCACCUCGCGCCUCUUGAUAAAACCCCAUGCUCCUCCCCAUCCUGUGAACAUGCUUGAACCCAACGUCUGUUUCGUUGUCCCCUUUUCGGAUCGUGUCUCCAGCAGUCGCUACUUGUCGAGGAAGACUGCAAGAUGAGAUCGACAUCUCUCUUUUCUAUCCUUCUUCUUGCUCCUUGCCUUGUCGCGGCCCAGUCUUCCACGGCGACCAGUGUUGCGGCGCAGUUUACUGUCCCAGCAAGCGCUGACUAUGGCGUCACCCUUCUUCCUAACAUCGAUGACCCUACCGCGGCCAAUCCCCAAGUGAAAUGUCCCGGCUAUACGGCCUCAAAAGUGAGCACAUCGUCGACGGGAUUAACAGCUCAUUUAACUCUUGCUGGCACUGCUUGCAAUAUCUAUGGGACUGAUGUCCAUGACCUGGACUUGACGGUUGAGUACCAGACCACGUCCCGGCUCCACGUCAACAUUCGGCCUUCCCAUGUAACCUCCCAGAACCAGAGCUGGUAUCUUCUCUCGACCGACUAUGUUCCCGCUGGGAGCCAGAGCGGUGGCUCAAUGACUACGAGCGACCUGACAUUCUCCUGGGCCAACUCACCGAGCACGGGCUUUGGAUUCAAUGUCACGCGCAAUAGCACCGGAGACGUCUUGUUUGCGACGACAGGGACAAAACUAGUCUUUGAGAACCAAUUCAUCGAGCUUGUCACUCACCAACAAGAGAAUUACAAUCUCUAUGGUCUCGGGGAGGUUAUUCAUGGUUUGCGACUGGGCAACAACCUCACACGAACAAUUUACGCCGCCGACGUUGGCGAUCCGAUCGACACGAACUUGUACGGGAGCCACCCAUUCUAUCUCCAAACCAAGUAUUUCGAGGUCGGUAGCGACAACAGUACAACUCUGCUGACCGAACAGCUCGACACGACUGAAGCCACCAGCAACUAUACCUCCUUCACCCAUGGUGUGUAUUUCCGCAAUGCUCAUGGAAUGGAGGUCCUCCUAGAAGCCAACAAUGUGACGUGGAGAACAUUGGGGGGCAGCAUCGACUUGUACUUCUUCUCCGGACCGACACAGCCGGACGUGACACAUCAAUACCUCAAUGUCAUCGGCAUGCCAAUGCUGCAAAACUACUGGGGAUUUGGUUUCCACCAGUGCAGAUGGGGCUAUCAAAACUGGUCUGUCACGGAGGCGGUUGUUGACAACUACGAACGCUUUGGUAUUCCACUUGAAACAAUCUGGAACGACAUCGACUACAUGUUUCAAUACAGAGAUUUCGACAACGACCCGGUCCGCUUCAACUACUCGGACGGGAAAGCUUUCCUCCAACGUCUCCAUAAUAGAGGCCAACACUAUGUCCCCAUCAUUGAUUCUGCCAUCUAUGUUCCCGAUCCAACAAAUGCAAGUGAUGCGUACCAGCCAUUCAAUGACGGUAAUGCCACCAAUUCAUUCCUCCUCAAUCCAGAUGGGUCACUCUAUAUCGGCGAGGUCUGGCCUGGCUACACCGUCUUUCCAGAUUGGCUCCAGCCAUCUGCCAGAGCAUGGUGGAAGAAUCAGAUUGUUACUUGGCAUCAAAAACUUCCUGUCGACGGGGCAUGGAUCGACAUGAGCGAAGUCUCCUCAUUUUGCGUAGGAAGCUGUGGCACUGGCAACCUCACACUAAACCCGGUGCACCCACCCUUCGGCCUCCCUGGUGAACCCGGCAAUGUCAUCUACGACUACCCAGAAGGCUUCAAUCUGACCAAUUCCACGGAAGCUGCAUCCGCCUCUUCGGCUUCUCAAGCUCAAGCCACGCCGACCACCACGUCCACAGCGUCAAGCUCGAGCUCGUCUUCAUCGACAACGAGCUACCUGCGCUCAACACCGACCGCAGGACAACGCAAUAUCAACUACCCACCGUACGUGAUCAACCACGUCCAGGGAAACCAUGAUCUGGCGGUGCAUGCCGUGUCUCCAAACGCCACACACCACAACGGCAUUCAAGAAUACGACGUCCACAACCUCUUCGGCCACCAAAUCCUCCAAGCUACCUACGCCGCCCUCCUAGCGGCGAUCCCCAACAAGCGACCUUUUGUCAUCGGCCGGUCCACAUUCCCCGGCUCCGGCACUGUGGCGGGCCACUGGGGCGGCGACAACGCUUCCAAGUUCUUCUACAUGUACUUCUCCAUCCCUCAAGCGCUCUCGUUCAGCCUCUUCGGCAUCCCCAUGUUCGGCGUCGACACUUGCGGGUUCAACGGCAACUCCGACGAAGAGCUCUGUAACCGGUGGAUGCAACUGUCGGCCUUCUUCCCGUUCUAUCGCAAUCACAACGUCCUCUCUGCGAACUCCCAGGAGGCGUAUGUCUGGAGCAGUGUCAUCGACGCCACGAAGACCGCCAUGAACGUGCGGUUCCAACUCCUGCCGUACUUGUACACACUGUUCUACUACGCGCAUACGCAGGGAGACACGGUCAUGCGCGCGCUUGCGUGGGAGUUUCCCAACGACCCCAGCCUCGCGAACGCAGAUCGGCAGUUCUUCCUGGGCCCGUCGAUCCUCGUCACCCCGGUCCUCACGCAGGGCGCCACGACCGUGGAUGGCGUGUUCCCGGGCCUCGUCGAAGGCACCGACACGUACUACGACUGGUACAACAAGUCGCCCGUCGCGGUGCCCAGCAGCAAGAACACCACCAUCGACGCGCCCCUGGGCCACAUUCCCGUGUUCAUCCGCGGCGGCAGCAUCCUGGCGACGCAGCAGAUGGCCCUGACGACGCGCGACGCGCGCAACACGUCCUGGAGCGUCAUCGUCGCCCCGGGCGUCGACGGCACCGCGACCGGCUCCCUGUACCUGGACGACGGCGAGAGCCUGGCCCCGAACGCGACCAAGCGCGUCACCCUGACGAGCUCGACCUCGGCGCAGAACGGCACGCUGAGCCUCACCGUGGCCGUCUCGGGGUCCUACGCCGGCCUCGACCUCGCGCUGGCCAACGUCACCUUCUUGGGCGUGCAGAAGGCCCCCGCCAACACCGCCGUCAGCAUCAACGGCCACGCCGUCGCCAACGCCACGUACAAUGCCGCGAGCAAGGUCUUGAGCGUCACCGGCCUGGGCGGCGCGCUGGGCGGGAAGGUCUGGAGCGGGAACUGGACGCUGACCGCGUGAUUUAUACCUCGCUAGGGUAGGAAUUUUUUUUAGCAGGAGGUCGAAAAAAGUUAAUAGGGUUAGGGAAACAGAAUUCUUGUCGGACUGGAAAAAUUCAAAAGCAAGGGGGGAAAGUAGUGGAUGGGAUGGUGAGGCUGUCUCACUGGAUGGAAUGACUCGGUCAGACUCGGUCAGAAUGAGAGGAUGGAAUAAUCAAAAUGAAGACUCGUAUCAGUCCAAGGUUGACAUAAUGACAUGCUC